AGAUUAUAGUCUUCAUUGAAGUCAACAUGAAGGUACUCGUCGUAUUCGCUUUGGCUGUGGCCUACGCCUCGGGAUCGGCACUGCGUGCUCCCUAUGAAGUGAACGUGGAGCCUGAGCUCCGCAAUGUCUACGUACCCGCUGUGGAUGGACUUGAUGGUCGCAUCACCAAUGGACGCGAUGCCAGCCCUGAUCAGUUCCCCUACCAGGCUGGUCUUUCUCUGAGAAUUGGCAACUCCGCCGCCUGGUGCGGUGGCUCCGUGAUCGGACACGAAUGGAUCCUGACUGCCGCUCACUGCACCGAUGGUGUUGAUUCCAUCGAUGUUCAUUUGGGCAGCACCAUCCGCACUAGCCCCAAGGUCAAGUACACCGUAGGCAGAGACCGCGUCAUCAUCCACGAGGGCUGGAAUCCCAAGACUGUGUUGAACGACAUCUCCCUCAUCCGCAUUCCAUACACCGAUUUCAGCGACGCCAUCCGUGCCGUCGAUCUGCCCCGUCUGGAGUCCCACUACUCCACUUAUGUCAAUGAUGAGGCCGUUGCUUCCGGCUGGGGCCGCACCUCCGACUCCUCCAACGCUGUGGCUUCUCGCCUGCAGUACGCCGAUAUGAGAAUCAUCGCAAACGACGUUUGCAGGAAGUCCUUCCCUCUGAACGUCCGCUCCAGCAACAUCUGUGUGUCCACCCCAGCCGCCGUCUCCACCUGCAACGGUGACUCCGGCGGCCCAUUGGUCCUGAAGCACAACAAGGAACUAGUCGGUGUGACCUCCUUCGGUUCUUCCGCCGGUUGCGAGAAGCAGCAGCCAGCUGCCUUCACCCGUGUCACCAGCUACCUGGACUGGAUCAAGGACAAAUCUGGCAUCUCCCGCUAAGCU